UUUUAUAUUUUACUCGCCGCUCUCACUGAACUCCCUUCCUCUCUCCUAUAUCUCUCAGGCCAAAAAGAAGAAGGACAUCGGCUUUUUCUUCUUAAAUUGCUGUAUUUUUUUUCUUCACAUUUUCCUUUAUUUACACAAUGGCGACUCUCGUCCAUCCGGAAACCACAGCUUCUCCGGCAGGUUCAAAGCCGACGGUGAUCGAACCGGAGAAAGUCGAUUACUUCAACUUGCCAUGUCCCAUUCCUUAUGAAGAAAUCCACCGUGAAGCUCUAAUGUCUUUAAAGCCUGAGCUUUUUGAAGGCAUGCGCUUUGACUUUACCAGAGGACUUAACCAGAGAUUUUCACUCAGUCACAGUGUUUUCAUGGGGCCCACGGAACUUCCUACUCAGUCUACAGAUGUAGUCAAAAUUCCAACUGCUCACUAUGAGUUUGGUGCCAACUUUAUAGAUCCAAAGAUGAUGCUUUUCGGGAGAGUAAUGACAGACGGUAGGGUGAAUGCAAGAGUGAGGUGUGAUUUGUCUGAGAAUCUUGCAAUGAAGGCUAAUGCACAGUUAACGGGUGAGCCGCAUAUGUCGCAUGGCAUGGUUAAUUUUGAUUACAAGGGUAAAGACUACAGAACACAAUUUCAAUUAGGGAAUGGUGCAUUGUUUGGAGCAAGCUACAUCCAGAGUGUCUCUCCACAUUUGUCUCUAGGUGGUGAAGUGUUCUGGGCUGGUCAGCAUCGGAAGUCUGGCAUUGGCUAUGCUGCUCGUUACAACACAGAUAAGAUGGUUGCUACAGGGCAAGUUGCUAGCACUGGAAUGGUUGCACUGGGCUAUGUUCAGAAAGUUUCUGAGAAGGUGUCUCUAGCAUCAGACUUUAUGUACAACUAUAUGUCUAGGGAUGUUACAGCAAGUGUUGGUUAUGAUUACAUCCUGCGGCAGUGUCGUCUUAGAGGAAAGGUCGAUUCCAACGGCUGUGUUGCUGCUUUCCUGGAAGAACGCCUGAACAUGGGUCUUAAUUUCAUUCUUUCUGCCGAGGUUGAUCAUAAAAAGAAAGAUUACAAGUUCGGAUUUGGGCUGACGGUGGGAGAAUAGAGGAGGCAGACAGUUAGACAAGGAUAAACUUUUAAUCGAUCAUAUUUGUGGAAUUGAAAGCAUCAUAGGUGAUUCUUUUCCUCAAUAAGAAUCAAGGCAUCAGUUCAUCGUAGGUGAUUCUUUUCCUCGAUAAGAAUCAACACAUCAGUUUUGAUUUUUUAUUGAGCAACAUGCUAUGGAGCAUCAGGUGCUGCAACUAAGCCAUCAGUAGUUGAUUUUGUAGUGUGGUAAUGGCAUAUUCAUGACCAAAUUCAAAUGAAGGGCAAAAUUGUUUUAUUUCCUAUAGCCGAGAGGCUUUUUUUUUCCCGAUAGAGAAAUAUAAUUCUGAUUUAGUGUUUAUGAAUAGUGGCAUUUGGUCACGCCUAUCUGCACUUGAAAAUUGUUAAUGUAGUUCGUUUGCAUUCAUUACAUGUUAUUUGUGAAGUAAAGAGGCGUUAGAGGUGCACCAUAAAUGCUUAGCACAUAAACCUGUAAAGAUCUGUUAGAGGUGCACCAUAAGGAAAAAAAUGUGGCUUAGCGGUCGAUGAAGUGUGUGAAAAUGUGAAAGAAUAACGUAUGAAAUAGUUUAGGCGUGCACAUAUUUAUUGGGACACUAUAGAUCUCGACCGUGAAAAAUGUACACUUCCACCUUUUGUCCUCCAAUAUCUUUAUCAGUAUCACUAUUCGCUUCAAAGUCAGUCUUUACAUCUCCAUCAGUAUUUUUAUUGUUUCAGUUGUUCAAAACGAUUGAAAAGGGUGGCUUAGUUGGUGCACUAGGUUUGGUAUCCUGUAAGGGAGGUUAGGAAUUAAUUUUCCUGUCAAUGUCUUUUCGAGCUUGUCGCAUUGGUGAUAUUUGUGACCAAUUGCACAGGAACAUGCUUACCCAGUACAUGACAAAAUCACAUUAAUUUGUUACCAAAUUGGGGCAAACAUACAUGAAGUGCGAUACUGGUAAAGCUAUUUUUUAGGUUCAUGUUAUAACUUUAAGAUUUGAAGUUCAUUGGCAAAUUGCUACUCAGCGCCAAAAAAAGCAGUCAAAUGCCACUUUUUCAACUGUCCGCCUCUGCGACGCAUCUUCUCCGAACACAACCGCAAAUCAGCCAGAAAAAUCAUAGACGUUAAAACCACUGAACCCACCAAUCACACACCCAAGGAAAGGAAUUGUAAAUUUCAUGAAAAGAUCAUCAAUAUGCCCUGAGUUCCGGCGCUGCCGUUUCAAUUAUGAAAAAGCCGUUCACCGCCUUGCGAAAGUCACACACUUACUCCGGCAUCGAAGAAAUUAUCGAACAUGAAAAACGCUACCCAGAUAUUCGAGACGAUUCCUUUGUCGCUGGCUUUAUGUUUCUGUACGGAAGUGCUAAGAUGUAUGAUCAUGCACGUAAACUGUUCGACGAAAUGCCUCAACUAGAUUGUCAGCGGAGUUUCUUUUCCUUCAAUGCCCUUUUGGACCGCUGCUUCAGAUCAGAGAGAUAUGAUGAAAUUGGCUUGCUGUUUCGUGAAUUACCUGAGAAAUUGUCAAUUGUGCCUAAUUUAAUGUCCUAUAACCUCGCGAUGAAGGCGUUGUGCAAGGCUGGUUCUUUGUAUUCUGCUGUGCUUUUGAUGGAUGAGAUUGAAGAGAUGGGAUUAAAACGAAUAUUGUGACUUAUAAUACGUUGUUAAAAGCACUUUAUGAAAGUGAAAGGCUUUCUGAAGCUGAAAACUUGUGGGUUAAGAUGGAACAGAGAAAUAUUCUUCUUGCUAUUUGCAGUUAUAAUGUUAGAUUACGAGGUUUACUUAAAGUUACUGAGGUUUCAAAGGAGAUUCAGUUGUUCGAGGAGAUCGUUAACAAGGGUUUCAAACCGGACAAAUUCAGCUACAAUAACAUGAUAAAAACGUAUGUUGAUGAGAGGAAUUUGGAGCAGGCUGAUAUGUGGUGUCAGAAGAUGGUGCAAAAUGAUUGCCUGCUGGAUACUGCAACGUUUCAUAUGCUUAUUCCUUUGGCUUGUGACACAAAAAGAUUUGAUUUUGCGCUGCAUUUGUGCAUGAAAGCUAUCGAUUCACAAGUACUUGUUUAUAGAGAUAAAAUGCAGAGAGUUGUUGUUGGCUUAGUUCAGCAUUCUAAGAUUGAAAAUGCAGAGGAGCUGGUUGAGUUGGCCAAGUCUUGUAAGAAAUUCCGACCAAGGGUUCAAAGUAUCAUGUGAUAUUUUUUCCAUCUACCUAAGCAUGGUUAGAUGCUAGCUCAUGAAGGGAGAUUGUACAAGGCCAAGGACACCAACCAUCCUGUUUCAUAUAAUGUAAGACUCUUCAACACCCCACCUCACCUCACGGCUGGACAUCAAGAGCGUGAGGAAUUUAUAUGCGAGUCCAACCCCGGCAAACAAUUAUUGGAAUGAGCUUUGCUCCGAUAUCAUGUAAAGAAAUUGAUUUGAUUGGGUCUAACUCAACCCCUAAAGCUAGCUCAUGAAGGGAGGAUUGUCCAAGAUUAUAUAAAGAGACCACACAUCUCUUUUUCAUCCAGUAUGACACUCUAUAACGAGUACCUAUACUGGUGUAUGUUGGUGGGAGAUUACAAUUAAUAGGUACUCAGUGAAAUAGUCGAGAUGUGCAAAAUUGUUGUUCUUUCAUGCAAUGCUUUUAGUUUAAAUUUGAACCUAAGGCCUCAUUAUUAUAA